AUGACACGGGCUAGCUCCUGGCUGCCUCGUGACCCUCUCUGCAUCAGCCUACCGUUUACAGCCCCACCUAGAUACACAGAAGUUAUUUUUUUAAUGGAUAUUUAUUUUUUUACAUUGGUCAGUACUCAGAUCGCCGAUCCUGCUUCCAUGGCUCAGGCCAGAGUCACGGGGACCCUCCCUCAGGGAGCUCUGAGCCGGAUGGCACACUUCUUCAGAAAGGGCAGCUAUGAGUCUGGGGCAGUCUCAGAGCACCCCAUGGCUGGCCCCCUGGUUCCCUUGGCUGCCCAUUGCCCUGCGCACCCCCAGGCCUGGCUUUCCUGGGGAAUUGCUUAUAGUGGAGAGGGGUGGAGACCAGGGCCCGUGCUGGUGGGACCCCAGUGGCUGAACCAAAUUGUAUGUUCAGGGUUCACCCACAGCCCUCACUUUCCUGGGUCCUUCCUGGGGCCACCUAAGUUCCCAGGCCAGGGACGGAGGGCGCCACCAGGACAACUCAGGGUCCGGUGGGCCGCAGCGAGCCUGCCAGCCUGGCAGUGCAGCACUGUACCCACCCGAACCUUUCCUGGGUGCUGGCAGGCUCCUGAGGCUGAAGGCUGGGUGCACCCCCCUACCCCCCACAAAAGGGGCAGUGGCAUUUUUGGAGAAUCUGAACUAUUUUUGAAUUUGGGUCCGUGGCUUGCUAACAGUCGUUCUCUGUUACAAGCUUGUGGACGGAAAGGGAGAGGGCCCCAGUGCCUGACAGCCUUGGGUGGAGCCGGGAAGUGGUCCAGGUCACCAGCGGGGACACUCGUCAGUAAUGAAGUGUCCGAACCGUGGGGCAGAAUCAACGUGAAACUGCCUGCCGUGGCCAGGGAAACGUGCAGGUCUCCUCACACAAGCUUAGCUUUAAGCCACUUACAGCGAUGCAGAAGGGAUUCCUCUGUCCGAGCCCCUAUCACAUGACUAAACCCAGCACUGGUCCCAGAGGAACUCCAGGCCGGCCCCCAGCAGCGGGAGGGGCGGCAUGCAGGGAGGUGUGAGUCCGGAGCCCAGGCCUGGGCGCCCACCUAGGACGUGACCACUCAGCUAGUUUCCGAGCAGAGACGGACAGGAGACCCUGCGUUGUGCUCCUGUGAGCAUAUCCGCAGGACCACCCUUCCCCCGCCAGCAGCUACUCACCGGUUUUCUGUCAUCCGGCCUCAGCACACUGGCAGUGGAGGAGGCUUCCAGAACUGUGGGGUGGGGGUGGGGUGGGGUGGGGUCUGCACUUUCAUUUCAGAUGUGUUGGUGGUUUUAAGGUGCAUGCCAAAUGUGUGGUCUUUUCUUCCCUCCAAUGCUUUGUAACAUACAUUUUCUGACUGGAAACGUUUUGUACAACACUCCAAUAAACAUCUUGCUUUUAA